UGCAGCAGUGCUGCAUCUGCAAAGUUCAAAGGAAGUCCUCUCGAAGUGGUUAGAGCUUCAGACAAACUUCAGUUAGCCAUAUUCAAGUUAGCCAUUUUCUUCUGACUAACUGAGAAACAUGCAGAUCUUUCCCCCGACUUCAGUGUUUCUUACAAUGGUUGUUCUCUGCAGUCUGCUAUCGUCUCUAUCAGGGGUGGUUGUGAAAUACUCACGUGAAACGGUGACGAAGACUGAAGGCCAUUUUGUGUCUCUCAAGUGUGAGGUGCAGUAUGAUAUACAGAACUGUGACAUUGUGACCAAUUGGUGGUACAUAAAUGGCAAUAAAUCCAAGCCCAUUACAGAUCCGAACCAUUAUUUAAUCACAGUAAAUGAAACGGAAAAAAACCAACUCAGUUACAGGAAUAUUUUCCUCUCAUUCAAUUCCUUGAGCCUUGAAGACAGUGGACACUACCAGUGUGAUGCCAAAUGUCUCAACAGUGGGACUGUAGGGAAAGGCCAUCUUCUGUACCUCAACGUCAAAGCUGAUCCAUACAAAGGUCUGAAGGUCUCAACAUGGAGUGGCCAGUUAAAGGCAGACAAAGCAUUGCUGGCACUCAGCGCCAUAUUAUUUUUAAGCCGUUAUUAAAUGACAUUGUGUUUUCAGUAUAUGAACCAACACAAGGUAUCAACACCUACUGUAUACUUUACCAGCUCUAUUUAAAUGUUGCUGUUGAGCUGGUUACCUUAUUUUUUGUAGUUCAUUAAAAAAAUUAAUAAUAAAAUGGUUCUUUAUUGGUUCCAAUUUAAGCCUAAAGCACCAUAAACUGAAUUAUUCAUAUUUUAUUUCUAUAUUUUAAUAUUCUUAUUGCCUAAAAGAUAAUAUACACUGAGUAAUUGAAGUUGUCAAAGAGAUGAUGAAUUGCACAGUCUGUAUAUAAAUUAUAUUUUUGUGCUACCCUCAUUUUAACUGCAAUGGAACAUUUUAAUGCAGCGGUCCAGGCUUGUGGUUGAAACUGAAACCAAGCUCGUCUCGCCAAAAAGAACAUGAACCUCCUCAGGUG